AUGGACGCAUUGACAUUCACCCGACUACAAAAUGAAUAUGAUAUACUCUAUUUACUCCAAGUACGAUCCAAAAAUCAACAUCGCCAACAACAUUGGUUCAAAUAUCUUAAUCUAACAAGUCGGAACUUGCGCAAGAUUCUCAAGUUGCAAAUAGAUAUAGACAGGCUAGACAACGGCACAAAGGUCUCCAAGUUGGGAUACAAGAAACAGCAAAUUCAGAAAUUGGCUCGUUCAGUGGUGAAGAUUUCCAAGCUGGCUUAUUUCGCUUACGAGUCCAUCUUGGUAUUGGGGCAGUACCUAACUUUGGGGUUCGCGUUGCUUGGGAACCUAGCUGCCAUUGUGCAUUUGUUAGGUGAGAUUCCUGGGGUUAGAGUUGGUAAAUACGAGGUGGGUUAUUCGUUGCUGCGACAAGCUGGCUCCACUGCUGGCGGUGUUGAAGCUGGGGCUGGAGGUGACCUUGACGAUGAUUUCGGCGAAGAAAUUCCAUUCGAUGAACAAAACCACGAGUCUGAACCUGAACUUGAACAUAAAGCUGAACUUGGCCUGGAAAUGGGAGCUGAAGCGAGCAAAACAACCAUCGCGGAUCAAGUGGAGAGAACCAAAGUAGAAGACAAGAAAGCAAAGCGACGACAGUACGAUACCAUGAACCCGCCAACCUCGAUCUCAAAGAAGGCCAAGCUGAAAAGUAGCACUAGUAGCCACGCGAGCGAAACCAAGGAUAAAAUGGGGUCCUCAACGUCUGCUCCCGUCAGCACGGAAAAUGUCGCAGUUGUCGCACAAACAUCAAGGGAUGAGAACACGUCUCCUGCGUCUCUGGUGAAAAGCACCAGCGCAAUGUCGAUUGACGAUAUCUUUGGAUCAAGUAAGACAAAGAACAAGAAGAAGAAAGGAAAGAAGAAAGAAUUGAAAAAAGUGAUGUAG